CAUUUAACCAACACGCUUUGUCAGGAUAGUGAGCAAGAAAAAUAAGUGUUGAUGCCGCGGACAAUUUUGGGGAAACCGGCUAAUUUAGUGUGCGUAAAGGUGGUGAAUUAUGUUUCGACUUGGGCCAAAUCCAACGUACAUAACAGAAAGCUAAAUAUGGCGUAAACUGUGUGAUCACGUGACGCGCUACGUCACACUUAAAUGUGUAUUAAGAUGGCGGCGCACAGUGGCGAGAGUUCUCAGACUGGAUCUGAUGAAUUAUUUCAAAACUUUUACACGGAGGUGAAGCAGAUCGAGAAAAGAGACUCGGUCUUAACCUCUAAGCAGCAAAUAGAUCGACUGCUCAGGCCUGGCUCAUCCUACUUUAAUCUCAACCCAUUCGAGGUGCUGCAAGUUGACCCAGAUGCAACAGAUAUUGACUUAAAGAAAAGAUUCAGAGCGUUAUCCAUUUUGGUCCACCCAGACAAAAACCAGGACGAUGCAGACCGAGCACAGCAAGCUUUUGAAGCUGUGGACAAGGCAUACAAACUCCUACAGGAUCCAGAACAGAAGAAAAGGGCUUUAGAUGUGAUUCAGGCGGGAAGGGAAUACGUGGAGCACAUGAUAAAAGAAAAAAAGAAGCAGUUAAAAAAGGACGGGAAACCUCAAAUUGUGGAGGAGGACGACCCGGAAUGUUUUAAGCAAGCCGUGUAUAAACAGACCAUGAAGCUGUUUGCCGAGCUAGCCAUCAAGAGGAAGGAAAGAGAAGCAAAAGAUAUGCAUGAAAGGAAAAGAGCGAGAGAAGAAGAAAUUGAGGCAGCGGAGAAAGCAAAGCGAGAGAGGGAAUGGCAGAAAAACUUUGAGGAAACGCGAGACGGCCGUGUGGACAGUUGGAGGAACUUCCAGGCAAAAGGGAAGAGCAAGGAGAAGAAGAACAGGUCCUUCCUCAAACCCCCCAAAGUAAAGAUGGAGCAAAGGGAAUGAUGACGGAAAAAAAAAAAUUGGGACUUGGUGAAUUUAAAAGCCGGCUUUUCCAAGCGGUUUCUCCCUCCCCUUCUGUUAAACACCAUCUUGGACUUAGACCUGCUUCGUGUCAUUAAGUAGCGCAUCCCAAAACGUUAGCAAACACAUGCUUGGUGACCAAUACUGUUUUUUUUUAUACAUAAUAAAAAUUGGUCUUAAAGGUUAAAUCUUGUG